GUGAGCAUCACUCCACAGCGCGCAGUUCAGCUCUCCGUAACUCUCUUGCAAGUAGAAGCAGAUCCUCCAGGACCAAAGAUGAGCAGCUCAUCCUCAGUCGGCUUCUCCUCGUCGCUGUCCCUGGGCGGAGGCGGGUACAGCAAGCGCAUCUCCGGGGUGCGCGCUCCCAGCGUGUACGCCGGCGCCGACGGACGCAGCAUCCGCGUGUCCACUUAUCAGGUCUCCCAGGGCAACAUGUUCUCCUCGUCCUCCAGCGACGGAGUGUCUUUCAACGAGAAGCUCACCAUGCAGAACCUGAACGACCGCCUGGCUUCGUACCUGGAGAAGGUGCGCUCGCUGGAGAAGGCCAACGCGCAGCUCGAGCUGAAGAUCCGCGAGUGGUACGAGAAGCGCGCGCCCGUCACUCACGACUACAGCAAGUACUUUGCCAUCAUCCACGACCUGCGCGACAAGAUCAGGAUCGCCAGCAUGGACAACGCCAGAAUCAUCCUGCAGAUCGACAACGCCAAGCUGGCAGCGGAGGACUUCAAGCUCAAGUAUGAGAACGAGCUGGCACUGCGCCAGUCUGUGGAGGCCGAUAUCGGCGGGCUGCGCCGCGUCCUCGAUGAGCUUACCAUGACCCGCUCAGACCUGGAGAUGCAGAUCGAAGGCCUCAAGGAGGAGCUGAUCUUCCUGAAGAAGAACCAUGAGGAGGAACUGGCGGCUCUGCGCGCUCAGAUGGCCAGCAGCAGCGUGAACGUGGAGGUGGAUGCCGUUCCUCAGCAGGACCUGAGUCAGAUCCUCAGCGAGAUCCGCACACAGUACGAAGGCAUCGCUGAGAAGAACCGUCGUGACAUGGAGGCCUGGUACAAGGUCAAGUUCGAUGAGGUGAACAAGCAGGUGAAGAUGAGCACCGAGACCAUCGAAACAUCUCGCAGCGAGAUCACUGACCUGAAGAGAACUCUGCAGGCACUGCAAAUCGAGCUGCAGUCUCAGCUUAGCCUGAAAUCGGCUCUGGAAGGCACACUGGUGGACACAGAGAACCGCUACAGUGUCCAGCUCAGCCAGCUGCAGGUGAUCAUCAACAAGCUGGAGGUGGAGCUUUCGCAGAUGCGCAUGGACAUCGAGAGGCAGUCGAAUGAAUACAGUGUGCUGCUUGACGUCAAGACCAGGCUGGAGCUGGAGAUCGCCGAGUACAGGCGCCUAAUGGACGGAGAGGACGUCAAGAGACCCACAGUGAUUGAGAUUCAGAAACCUGCACCAAAAGACUCUGUGGUGACCAAGCGUGUGCGCACUGUGGUUGAGGAAGUGGUCGAUGGCAAGGUCGUGUCGCGCACUGAGGAUGUGGGCGUUGAGGUCCUGAGCAAGAAAUAGGCCCCAAAACAGACACACACACGCAGUGUGAUGACCGUGUAACAUGCAGAGAUGAAUAAAAAAUAGUGAAAGGUUAUUUCCCUCUACAGAUCAACAUCAACAUCUGUAACUACAAAAGAGAAAAAAAUAAAGAUUUCAUCUGAACAGA